AUGCCCAUAAGACCUUUGGUGUGAUGUGUAUGCAGUGUCCCUCCUGAAAGUGUAUCAGGACCAAGAUCUUCAUUUUUCCUGGGGGCUGUGAAGCCUGCGCGGCAGCUCAACAGCGAGGGAGUCGUGAUCCAGUAAAGCCUGCAUCUCCGCUCCAGGUUUUACCACCGUCUUUUUUUAAAAACCACCUCUACUUUGGAGCAGUGAAAAACACACUAGCAUUAGGAGCAGCAGAUGACCCGGCGCAGCAGCCAGGAGCACAACAGUCCUCUCUAACAAAUGAAAGGAUGGGGGGCAUCAGCAGCAGCUGAAUUCAGAAAAGCUGGAUCAGGGGCCGAUGGGAGAGAAGUGCUUUCUGCUCACUCUUGGGUCACUUUUGUUGGAUUUAUUCCCCGGUCCACACCAACAUGCCAUUUGCCAAACGAGUCGUGGAACCUCAGCUGCUGUGCAGGUAUCAAAUCCCAAACGAGCAGGGGCUGCUUUUCGAGGAUCUGGUCUCCAUCAGUAAUGUGGCUCUAUCUCGGACCUUGCGGCAGUUGUCGGACCUGGCCAGACAUGCCUGCUCCAUAUUCCAGGAGCUGGAAAACGACCUCACAUCCACCAACCAGCGGGUCAGGGGGCUGCAGAGUAAGAUUAACCAGCUUCAGCAGACCUGCUCCGAGCUGGACCCCAAACAGGAGGCAGUGCCGGUGUCUAACCUGGAUGUGGAGAGUAAGCUGACGGCACAUUACCAAGCUCCCUGGCACCAGCAGAGGAACAUUUUCUACCCCUCCACACGGCCAGCAUGUGUAGAAGAGCUCCACAGGCAAGCCAACCUCAGCCUGUGGGCCGUGCACCGAGAUCACCAGAGGAGACGGUCGGGCAGCAGAGAGCAGAGAGUAACCAUCUCGAUAUCGGCGGUGCCCCCGAUGCCCAUGUACUCUUCCCCACACAUUGUCCAGAGGCAAGAAAACAGGGGCAUAAAUUUGACAACGUUUGAAUCCACCCGCUCCUCCUCCCCUACCGAAUGUUGCCGCUUCUCUCCCUGGAGCAGAAAGGCUGCGCCCUCUGACCCCGACACUGACGGGGUGGCUCUAGGUCACCGGUCUAAGUUUCCCAUCCUUAACAUCCCCUCCACCCUGGACAAGCAGACUAACUGGUCUAAAGCCCUGCCGCUGCCCACCCCAGAGGAAAGAAUGAAAAGCAAUUCCCAAGUCAUCAACUCAUGUGUCAUCCCCAUUAAUGUGACCGGGGUUGGCUUUGACAGAGAUGCCAGUGUGCGCUGCUCGCUCGUCCACUCGCAGUCUGUGCUUCAGAGGAGGAGGAAGUUGAGGAGACGGAGGACUGUCGCUGGCGUUCCCAGACAGGUGCAGCAAGAUUUAGACUCUGAUGACUCUCCUGGUUCCAGAGAAAGGACAGUGAUAGUUCAUGCCAGUCUUGAUAUCACUCCCUCCAAUGAGGAGCUGGCCAGCCAUCUCAGCACCAGAGACUCAGGUUGCCAGACAGAAGACUUUUUGAUCUCAGGAGCGCCGUCUCGGAGGAGGAUCAGGGCCCAGAGAGGCCAGGGAGUCUCCCUCUCCCUUUCCCACUCUGCAGGCAACAUCUCCUCCCUGCCGGACAGCGCUGUGGCCAUGUUCACCGCCUCUUUGGGCGCUCGCUUGCGCUCCCGGAGUCUCCCCCGAGAUGGGAGCCGGGUGAUAGACAACGAGCAUAAUGACAGCGACGAUGAGGAGGAGCUUUCGCCCUUCGACACUGAGGACUUUCUGUCUGUACCUGGGGAGUUGAUUCUGAAGGAUGGAGAAGAGAGCACGGACGACCAGGCCAUGUCUGAACAACAGCUGGGCCUGAAGUACAAGAACCUCUCAGAGAGUCCAGAGCGCAUCUGGAUGGAGAGAACCAGAUCCCAGCUGCCCAGGAAGGCCGACAUGGGCAGCUGUGAGAUCUCAUCCAGUUCAGACACCUUCAGUAGCCCCAUCCACUCCGUCUCAGCAGCAGGGGUGCUGGGAGGCCAGAUGGACCAUAAGGACGAUCACCAGUCCUCAAGUGGGAACUGGAGCGGGAGCAGCUCCACCUGCCCCUCACAGACCUCAGAAACAAUCCCCCCAGCAGCCUCUCCACCGCUGACGGGCUCCUCACACUGUGACUCUGAGCUCUCCUUAAACGCUGCCAUUCACACCAAUGAUGACCAGACCAGCUUCAUGCUGGACCACUACCCGGGCCUCAGGACCCAGCGGGCAGGCUCCUUCUCCUCCACAGCUAUGGACAUAUUAGAGGAAGUAGGGGUCAGCACCCCCAUCGAGGGGGAGUGGAGUUACCCCCACCCGGACCCUCCGCGCUCACAGGACUUCAGCCCUGAGCCGAGCAGAGAGGCUGAGAGCAGCUUGGGCUGCCCAAGCUUCACCAGCAUGGCCACCUGUGAGAGCAGCUACUCUGACAAACCACUGUCGGAGAAAGCCGACACCGUCUCCCACUACUCUGUAGACACUGAAGGCUACUACACCUCCAUGCACUUUGACUGUGGUCUAAAAGGCAGCAAAAGCUUCACUUAUAACUAUGCAGCCCCUGGCUCUGAUUGUGGCCUGUCUGACCUAAGUGGUCGCAUGACUUUGGGGAGACGCUGCCUCUCUUUAAGAAAACCAAAGGUGAAGCCGUCUCCGCCUAAGAGGAGUUCAUCUUUAAGAAAAAUAUGCAGUCGGGGAAACAUCCCUGAAGAGAAAGAACCAAAGAUUACUUGCGGGCAGCAACUUCCACUGUCUUCCAACGAGAGGAAACUGCAGCUGGUUUCGUCUGGCUCUCCAGAUCAUAUAGAAAACUCUUCACUAGGCAGAGAGCCCCUUGUGGUCUGGGGGGUUGAGGGCUCAGCGGAUCUACCUGAGUUAGGCGUGUUUAGCUCCACAGAUGCACAUUCAUUUAAGGAUGAGGGGGUUGUACAGUCAGACUAUGCAGAUCUGUGGCUCCUGAAUGAUUUAAAAUCCAGCGAUCCUUACCGAUCUUUGUCAAACUCCAGCACAGCAACAGGUACAACUGUUAUCGAAUGCAUCAAGUCACAGGAAAGCUCUGAGUCUCAGACGUCCCAGUCUGGCUCCAGAGCCACCACCCCCUCACUUCCAUCUGUGGAGGGAGACUUCAAGCUAACGUCUCCAGAGAAGCUGGCAGGCCUGGCCAGCCCGUCCAGCGGCUACUCCAGUCAGUCAGAAACCCCCACCUCCUCUUUACCCUCCGCCUUCUUUCCUGGACCGCUGUCACCAUCCAGCGGAAAAAGGAAGCCCAAAGUCCCAGAGAGGAAGUCGUCUCUUUCGUCGCAGUCACUGCAGUCGCUGUCCUGCAGGGAUGGAGCCACCUCGAAGAGAGACCUGGAGCUGCCAAUAAUCCCUCCCUCACACCUCGACUUAAGUGCCCUUCAUAGUGUCGGCAACAAGACUUCUGCUUACAAGAACCAGAUUCAAGUCCUUCACCAAAACAAACAAAAAGCUGCAGUGUCAGCCAAACCUGUAGCGCCCCCUAACUCAGAGGUGUAUAACGCCCAUUCCAUGUCCAUCACACCCACAGUGCUGCACUCAGUACAGCUCCGACCCAUCAGUAAGGAACUUGAAGGAAGUCACGAGUACAAAACAACUUCCAGACUCAAAUGUUCCGCUGUGAAUUUAACUAGCACACUUUCCAGUAGUAAAUCCCUAGAGCUUAAGAGUCCCCUGUUACACAACUCGCAUCAACAUCACACAUCCUCGAAGGGGUCGUGUGAAUCAGUGUUUACCUCAAAUGAAGAGCUUGCGGAUGGAGAAGCAGCAUGUCAGAGUGAGACGAGGAACAAGCAGGACAGAGAGGCUCCUUUAGAGAGUAUGACAGCAUUCCGACUGCAAUCAGAGCCAUCAUUAGACAUCCCUGAGAGGACCACUGGUCACGAAGGAGAGACGUGCAGAGAGUCAGUAGAAAUGCCUGUCUGCGUUGGAGACUGCAGCACGCAGUCGGAGCCUUUACAGCAGCAAAGAACUGAGCUGUCUGAAGAAGAAGAACCGUGUCAGAUAAAACCAGGUCCUCCUCUCUCUGUUCAGCACAGUUCACCCAAGAGAUCCAACAGUCUUGAUAAAGUGCCUGCUACUGACAGCCAAUCAGAGACGUUGCAAGGGAGUUCAAUCAGUAAUGAAGGUAGCACAGAAGUGGAAAAUGAGUCAUCAAGUGUUUCAGCCGAAAGUGCCUCUCAGGACAGCAAGGAGGCGUCCACAGCAGAAACAGAGGAUUACUUCAGCACAGACUCUACACCCAGUGAUAAUGCAGUGUCCCCUCUGAGUGAAGAGCCAAGGCCAGAGGAUAACAGUGUGUUUCUGUCACCCACCAAAGCUCGGACCACUGAGGAUCUGUUUGCUAUGAUACACAGGUCCAAAAGGAAAGUGUUGGGCAGGAAGGAUUCCACUGAGUUGGGUGUGAGGAACCGCCUCAGUGCUGCAUCGGGGAACACACCACCCAGCAGCACCGUGAGCUCCCCAGUCUCACAGGUGUCACCCUCCUCCUCCGCUGUGACUCCGCCAGGCCUGCACAGAGCCCCCGGGCCCAUCUACAGGAACGCAAAGAAGUCCAGCACCUCCAACGAGGAGUUCAAACUGCUGCUCCUUAAAAAGGGAAGCCGCUCUGAAUCAAGUUACCGCAUGUCUGCUGCAGAGAUCCUCAAGAGCCCCAUCGCUCCUAAAUCUCCUGGAGAUUCCCUGAUGGAGUCACCCAGACAGUAUGAAGAGCCCGCCUCCCCCCUGCAACAACAGCAGCAUCAGUCAGGACCAGAUCAGCUCUCCAGCCCUUACCCCAAAGCCAACGCAGAGGGCUUCUCCCCGAAAUCCUUCCCCACAUCUGCUGCUUCCAGGCAGGGCCGCUCCAGAAUCCCCCCGCCUGCCAACAGCAGCCGCUACGGCAUGCGCAGCAGACUGUACUCAACGCCCAUGCAGGCGAUCUCUGAGGGCGAGGCGGAGAACUCAGACGGAAGUCCUCAUGACGACCGCUCAUCACAGGGCUCCACGUAGUAAAAACAGAGUAGAAGUGUCAGAAGGUAUGAAAUUAUGUUGUUAGUUUACAGUACAAACAAAUGGACCAGAAUGACUUUUAAUAUAUAUGAGAUGUGGUGAGGGCAGGAGCAUUGAUGAGGAUAAUGUUGUAUACAGAACAUUAGGGAUAAACCAUCGGAACUUUACCAAUUGUGGCUGAGUUUCAUUGCUGUUUCCUGUUGGUUUUUCUGUGGACACUUUAAACAAUUUUACCUGUGUUCAGAAAUGUUUUAUACAUACUGUCUGUCUAAGAAAUAUCCUGAUGAUAUGAACACUUAGCAUUAGAAACAGGGAACCAGAUAAUUUAGCAUCUGUAGAAAUUCUGUAGAAACAUAUGACUGAUGAUGAGGAAAACAUUAUUCCAGUUCAGUUCCACAGAGAGAAAAAAACUUUGGUUAGUUUGUGGGACGUUACCCAUAGCCAUGUACGACACCCAACUGGUUGCCUUCCUUCAGCCCUACUACAGUAUAUUAAUGUUAAAUCUUAGCUGUUCUGCUGUCAGAUUUUUAUCAGAAUAUAAGAAACUCUCCCAGUUUGACAUUUUUAUCAGUAUCUUAUAAAAAUAGAAAAAUAUAUUGGAUUAACUGUGUGUAUUCUGUGAAUACCUAUGCAAUUAGACACACACUUUUUGCAUUUCUUUAAGCCAGUUAUACAAAUUAUUUUGAUACCACCCCCAACUGAACAUCAGGACUAACACUGUGUGAGAAACAGCAGAGGGAAAAAAUGUGAAGCCUCAAUACAUCGAUUUCAUAUUGAUAUGUUUGUAUAUUUUACUCAGUCCUUUUAAAGCAUAUUGUAAAUUAUAUCAAAGAUAGCUUGCUAUUACAACAUUUUAAAAUUCUCAUGCAAUAAGUUGAGUAAAUAGAGGUGAGGCAGGAAAUGUCAAAGCCAAGCACUAACUAGACAAUCUUAGGAGACAAGAAGGGAGCAGGUGUUAACAUGGGAGAUGAAAAAGUGAUCAAAAGGUCAGAGGUCGUGAAAUAGGAGCGCUGUAAAAGAAUAAGGAAGUCAUGUUUUUUUUUAUUAAUGGUCAUUUGUGGUUUGCUGACUUGGUGUGUGUACAAAUUGUUGAAAGAGGCAAGUGGAAAGUGUUCAGGAGGAUCAAAUAUGCCUUAUUUGACUCUGCUCAACAAGAGACAAUAAGUGACAAAGCAGCUUUGGGCCUCAGCAAGUUGAGUGUUUUUGUGAGAUUUUUCAGUUUUGAUGGAGGAUGUAGGGUUACAUUUGGAGCCAGGUUAUCAUCUGUGAUGAAAAGAGGAAGUUCUGGAUUUCGGGAUGUGGCAUUUGCUGCUAUUUUGUACCAAACGCUCGCCUAUUAUAUUCCCCAUCAAAAUCUAACCUGCUACGGUUUCAUAUUUUCUGUGUCACAACAAUCUAAAUAUAUUUAUUUUUAUAACUGACGCAGAAAAUCUCUGUGCCCUCCCUGAUUUGGUUUACACCUUUAAAUAACCUAAAACUGAAAUCUUUGGAUGGAAGUAUGCAAUGAAUUGCUAUUAAUAACAUAUUUUAUUCAGAUACUUAUUUUGUUUAUAAGAGACACAUUUUAAAUCUUAUUUCAGACACUGGUUGCAGAGACAAAUAGGAAAGCAACUCAUUAAUGUCAUUAAAAGAUGGCAUGAACAGUCAUAAGCUACAAGUGAGGUUUUAGUUGUAACCCUGGCACCCUGAGUCCUAUAUUCACAAUAAUAUUAUAUAUGGUGUUUAUUGCAGUGAUGGUACUAUCACUACCAUUAUGCAAAAAUGACAGAGUCUAUGUAGCCAUAACGCCCUGUGGAAGACUGUCCUUUCCUAUAGGUACACUGUAAAUAUCAACUUCAUUUUGGCCUUAAUGAUACUCCAUACUAAUGCAAUGUCAUGUAACAGGGUACACAAUGGGUUAUGUCUGUGAACCUUCAUUCCAACCUUUUUUUUUAAUUAUUUUUAUUGUUUUUUUGCACUGAUAAAGUGAUGUUUGUGAAGUUUCAUUUGUCUUUAGCUGUACCUGGAGAUAUUUACAGACCUUCACAUGGAGCUGUUUGACUUUUCCUUGAAUAAUAUCCACACUCUGAGUACGCUUUAGGAGUGGACCAGAUGCUUCUGCCAAAGGCUAGAACGUGCACACGUUAGUGGCAUCCAGCUGUUUUUCUCUUCUCGUUUACUUGACUGAAACGUUCUUGAAAACAUAAAACCAAUACUAAAGAAGAAUUACAGCGUAACUUAUGGUACUAGAUGCAUUUCAUUUGGACGUCAGAUCAACCUCUAAAUACUGUAGGUAUCAGCUUUGUAUUUUUUUGUACAAACUUGUAAAUACAAUAACUUUUGGAAUUGUCACAAAGGUUGUUGAAUUGUUUCUUAUGUAAAAAAAAAAAAGUUUACAUUAAUUUCAAACCUUUGUAUAUUUUUGAGCUGUGGAACACUUUGUCUUGUAUUUAUUUUUUAGUAAGCAUUGUGGAAAUCCCAUAGUAAAUCCUAUCAAAGCCAAGUGCUAGCACAACAGGCUGCUUAGCAAAUGUGUAUAAAAAAGACAAUAAAUGUGACUGCUUUGAAAAUGGC